GGGCGGAUAACGUACCCUUGAAUCAAUGUCAACGUGCAACAAUCCAAGCAACCCUUCCACCCUAACUUACCUGGGUUACUGGUACUGUGGGCUACCCGCAACUCAACGGACGACGGUGCGUCGGACAUAUCAGGCGCCAUGAGCAAACCAGCGACCCAUCGCGCCGAUGAGCGGCGCUUCCUCGACGAGCGGGGCAGCACGGGACCCCUCGCCCCGAACGGGCUCAACCCGGCCACCAUCAUGGAAAAAGCCGUGCGCGAGCGCAUCGUCGACAGCUAUUUCUACAAGGAGCAGUGCUACGGCAUCAACGAGGCCGACAUUGUCGAUCGCGUCGUCGACUACGUCGAGUUCGUCGGCGGCAUCUACGGCACCGUGCAGAAGCCAACGCCCUUCCUCUGCCUGGCCUUCAAGCUGCUGCAGCUGGCGCCCAGCGACGCAAUCCUCGAGGAAUACCUGCACUUUGGCGGCGAAAAAUUCAAGUACCUCCGCGCCCUCGCCGCCUUCUACAUCCGCCUCACGCGCCAGGACAAGGACGUCUACACGCUUCUCGAGCCCUUCCUCGAGGACCGUCGCAAGUUGCGUCGCAAGGGACGCAACGGCACCACCCUGACCUACAUGGAUGAGUUUGUCGACGACCUGCUGACCAAGGACCGCGUGUGCUCGACAAGUCUGUGGAAGAUGCGAAAGCGGGAUAUUCUGGAGGAUCUGGAGAUCCUCGAGCCGCGCGUCAGCCCACUCGGCACUCUGGAGGAUCUGCUCGAAGAAGAAGAAGACGAGGCGAUGCAGAAUGGCGGCGAGCCGAAUGGAAAUGGUCGCGAGGAGGAUAGCGAUCUUGACAGGCCAAGGUCGGGGUCAAGGUCACCAUCAGAAUCACGCUCAAGGUCAAGAUCCGCGUCAAGGUCUCCGCGAGAACGGUCAGAUCAUGAUAGGAUGGAUGUAGAUGAGCAGGAGGAUCGACGGUCGGGCAGCGGAAGGAGCCCAUAAGAAUUGCAGGACCUCUAAGCCAGAGACUUCAAUCCUGCCGCUGCAGGAGAGAAAUUCCUGCUUGAUGGCGGCUUGAUUGUCAGAUGUGUACGGUAAAUGGCUUCUCGAUCUGGCUGCCGUUACGCCUCGCACGUUCAAGGAUUUCCGUGCGUAAAUGGAACACUCGUGCCCCCGGUCUCGCAUUGGAGAAGGAUGGGACAGGCGCUGGUUGCGCGACCAGAUACGUCCGUACCCCAGCUACAAGCCAAAUACCCAGCCUGGUAUUCAGCUAAUGCAAGAGGACAGCGACUGACCGAGGCACAUUAAGGGUGCAAGACCAACAUACAUGGUUCGUGCUCCAGGUAUAGAAUCGCGGCUAUCGCCACUAGAUAGCUAUUUAGCAUGCUCUUAGUUGCCAUUUCAGGG